GCACCCACCCAUUUGCCGCCCGUAGGCGAGGUGCAUACCCUAAAAUGCGCCUCUCCUGAGCGCCCGCUCCUUUUAAAUCACUGACCUUGAUUCGCACCGAUCAUAAACAGGAGAGUUUCUUUUGUUCCCGGAUGUCAACCGAGGAGAAGUAGAAAGACGCCCAAGAAAGAAAGUCACGAUUCAGUCUCAGAGCAAAACAAUUUAGACAUUCUCCCAUUUGACUUAAAGAGGCAGAUAUGCCAUUGGGAUUGAUAUUAGGAUUGGGAAGGGCAAUGAGAAGAAAACGAACAUCAUCCCUUGAUAUUCUCUCUUCAAAGCGGGGCCCACGGGAUUACUACAAGGGAAAGAACUGCAAAUCAACUGGUUUCCAUACUCGAAAAGGAGGAUAUGUUGUGAUGAAUGAAAAAUUGCCAAAUUAUGUUGUUCCUGAUUUGACUGACUUUAAGCUGAAGCCAUAUGUUUCUCAGUGCCCAAGAGAAGUUAAAACUACUGAGGCCACUGAUACAGCUAAAUAAGCAAAAAGGAGAACCAAUAUUGAUCCACUCCUUCAUUUCAUGAACUCUUUUUUUGAGAAAUUAAGAAGAGAAUAUAAAUGUAGCUUGGGAAAACGAAACCCAAAUAAAAUAAUUAAUCUUGUAGUUUUGCUAUUUAUAUUAUUUUCUAUUCACAUUUUCUGUGAUCCAUUUCUGAGUCGUAUACUUCUACAGACUUGAUCCCGUCCCCUGGUUA